GAUCUUGACUACGACUUCUCAAGCUUAGAAUAAAAAUAAACAUUUUACUCUAUGCCUAUUUGGCGCCAAAAUUUGACAGUUUAGUUUUUUUAAUUUGGUUUGGCGUGAACGUCAUUCUACAAAUUGUGUUCCCGUUUUCCGGCUUUUCUCUGCGAAUAAUUUAAUAUUGUGUGACGUAUCUUCAUAGAGAUCAUCUGGCAUUUAAUGAACAUUACAUUUAGUGGUUAAAUUGAAACAAACCUGCAAUUUAUAAAUCAUGGUCGGGCAAUAUGACGAGAAUAUGUUACCCGAAAUGUUGCCUAUUUAUUACACUCGGCUUUUCCCGCAAAACAUCUUUUGUAGGUGGCUCACUUGUGGGAGUUAUCCACAGCCACUUUCAAACCGAGAAUUAUCAUUUACUUUAGCUGAUGACGUCUAUUUGCGAUAUUUAACUAUUUGUAAUCAAAAAGAAUUGCAAACUCUGCUCCAGAAGAAAUGUCCCCAUAAGUUGGAUAUUGGAGCCGUUUAUAAUACAAAACCAUCAAUAGGCCGUCAUGACGCAGUUGUGUUGUCCAGAGAGCUGGUGUUUGAUAUAGAUCUAACAGAUUAUGAUGAAGUCCGAACAUGCUGUCAAGAAGCCAAAGUUUGUGAGAAAUGCUGGAAAUUUAUGAUAAUAGCUUGUGAAAUUAUUGAUAAGACACUAAGAGAGGAUUUUGGUUUUCAAAGCAUUUUGUGGGUAUUUUCUGGUAGAAGAGGUAUACAUUGUUGGGUGUCAGACUAUGAAGCUCGGACAUUGGACAGUCCUGGUAGGGGAGCAGUGGCAGAUUACAUGUGCUUAAUAAUGGGAGGUGAUAAUCAAAACAAGAAAGUCCAUCUUGGAAGUGACAAUCUACAUUCAAGUAUCAGGAGAGCACUCACUAUUAUUGAUAAGUAUUUUGAACAGUUGCUACAGGAGCAAGAGUUUCUUAGCACUUCAGACAGACUGGAAAAGCUAUUAAAAAUGAUUCCUGAUGAAACAUUGAAGUCAUUAGUUAAAAAAAGCUUAGAAAAUAUGCCUGAAACAUCUUUAGAUAGAUGGAAUACAUUCAUAAGUUUAUAUGAAAAUCAUUGCAGAGAGUCAGGAAACAACGUCAGAAAAAUAAGGUACUUAGUGGAAGAAAUCAAAAUUCAGUACAGCUAUCCUAGAUUAGAUGUAAAUGUUACUAAAGGUUUCAACCAUUUACUUAAAUCACCAUUCAGUAUACAUCCAAAAACUGGCAAGGUGUCUGUUGUAUUCAAACCAAAUAAUGCAAAGAAUAUGAAACUGGAUGAGAUUCCAUCAAUCUAUAGUUUGUUAGAUGACAGCUCCCCGGAUCAUGUUCAACAUGAAACAAAUAUGAGAGCAGCAGUGAAAAAUUUUCAGGAGGUGGUAUUUUCCCUUGAAAAAUCUGAGGCUAUCAGAAGAAAGAAUGAUGCUAAUAUAUCUCUGGAGUUUUGAGGACCUUCCUUCUGAUAAUUAUAUAGUGAAAAGUAUCAAAUAACCUGCACCAAACUGUCUUUGUGAACUUGAAACCACCACACAAAACUAUGAAACUGAAGUUUUCGGGACCAAAAUGAUAAUAGUGUAAAACAACAGCAACAAAUCCUUAACAAAAAAUAAAACAA